AAACAUUCAUGAUUAUUUUCCUGAGCAACAUUCAAUUUUAAUAUUUAUACAAAUAUAUAUUAUUUUACUCUAUGGCAACAUAGUUCAAUAACUGUCAGACGAGUCUCGUUGCAUCAUCGGUCUUCAAUUUUGGAACCAUGUCCGAGAAAAUUAUUCCUGUGGUCAAGGCUGAAGAGGAAGCUGCCGAGGAAGAAGACCUCGUAGAUCCUCAGCAGGAAUUGAGGGACUCUUGCGCCCAGAAGCCUGAUGCUCAGGCUCACUGGGCCAAAUACCAGGAGUGCAAUGACCGCGUUAACUCCAGAAGCAAUACCGCGGAGACCUGCGAGGAAGAACUUAUCGACUACCUACAUGUCCUCGACCACUGUGUUGGCAAAGACCUCUUCAAGAGGCUAAAGUAAUUUCAAAUUCGUUUCAAUUAUAUAGAAUAUGCAUAUAUUUCAAUGUACAUUUUUUUCAUGAUGUGAAGAGUCAAUCUUUAGUGCUAUUUAGUUAUUUAAAUGGGUGAUCGACAGAUGCUGCUGUUACAGUUUAUUUGUAAAUAAAAAAUCAUAGUUAAAAA